GGUCUUACCCUCUGCCAUAUCCUCCUAUAUAGUAAUGGCUCGUCUCAUCCCUGUACCUUUACCUUUUAUAUCAAUCAGAUCUUAUCUAUUUUUGUAUGUACUAUUGAGAUUAUAGACGCUAUUGAUGCAAUGCAUUAUUUUAAAACAUAAAUCGUCAGUCUAUGUAUAUUAAGCCAAGUAGAUUUGAAAGAAAAAAUAAAAUGGAAUAAGUGAACAAUGGUUUUCAAAUAUGAACUGUACACAGUUGGUGACUUCAAAUUACAUUCCAACAACUGCAGAAUCCCUUGAAGCAUCUGGAACAUUGGGAAUUAUUCUUAUAACUGUUGGAGGAUGUGUUGCUGCAACUAUGUUAGGAAUUUUUUUAGAAGAAUCUAUUUAUUUGUAUCACCAUUGGCCACUUAAAAUUUAUUUAUAUACUGUAGGAUGCCUUAGUGUUUUUCCGAUUUCUGGUCUUAGUUUAUUUUUGUGCCUCUUGGUGCCAAGAGCUGGGAGAACUCUUACUGCAUUUAUUAAAGUAUAUCUGCCAUUUCCAAUGAUCUUCUUUUUCCAACUAGUCAUUUGUUACAUGGAUAAUAAAGAACGUACUGUUGAGAGAUUAUUAGGAAAUAGCAUCCCUCUACAAGGUCCUCCACUUUGUUGUAUUUGCUGUUGGUGUCCAUCACCAUCUUUUACAAGGUAAAAUAUUUUAUUCAUAAAAUAAAUCAUAAUUUUAUCAGUUACAAAAUUUUAAUCCAUAAUAUGAAACAACAUUAUAAACCUAACCAAGCUAGGCAAUAGCCCAAAAUUGGCUUAUCCUAAAUUCAGAUAAAUAGUAAAGUUUGGCAUUAAGAAGAGCAUUCUGUCAAAACUUCUUAUGAUGAGUAUUCAAAGCUUGAAAGAUAAUGCUAGGGCAUACUGCACAGGCAACAUGCAGACUCAAUAUCUAGAGACAAUGAAAAAUAGGCAAGAAUUAUUGGACAUCAUAAGGAGCAAAUGAAGCUAAAGAAAUGAACAACUAUAAGAAGAAUAUUAAGGAUGGAACCCUUAAUAUUGGUAGUGUGACAGGAAGAGGAAAAUUUGCAGGCUGAUGAGAAAGCAAAGAUUGAACAUACUGUAUACUCAGGAAACUAGAUGAAGUGAGACAAGGGAAGAGAAUUAAGAGAUUGCUAUAAGAUUUUCUGCAGUGGAGCUAACAAGCAAGGAAGAAAUGACAUCGGUAUUAUUUUGCCAAAAGAAUUGUGUAACAGAAGUUUUGUAUCAAUUUUGUAUUGGACACUGUUUCACAUAAAAAAACGUAGUUAAUUAACAAUUAACUUUAUUCACUCUGGGAUACAACUGAUUGGAGUGAUGACUACACAAAAACUGACCCAGAGAAAGAAAAACAUGUUCGAAUUCCCAUCUCGAUGCCCUCUUGUGGCCUCUUGCAACAAGGAAGGUUACAACAAGAAGUAUGCUGCAGAGAAGACAGUUUCAUUCUGAUUAAUCAGACUUUGGAAUGGAACUAAAGGUGAUCAAUGCAUAUGUCUCACAAGUUGGAUGAACAAAUGAAGAAAAAGAUGAUUUUUGGAAUAUGAUAAAGGAUGAGAUACAAGUAUUAGCAGAAACAAAGAGAAUGAUAAUAGGAGUGACUUGAAUGAACACAUUGAAAGUCACAAUGAAGGUAUUAAACCAAUCCAUGGAGAAUAUAGAAUUGGACAGGUAUCACCAGAAGGUAAACAAAUCAUAAAUUUUGCAAUAGCAUCAAACAUGCCUUAGGAAAUUCUUUUUUAAAAAGAAUAUAGAGUACUUCCUCAUAUACAAAAGUGAUAUCAUACUUGUUUACAAAUUGAUUUUAUCUUAUUGAUUAAAAAACAUUUCAAAGAAACAAAGAAUUGUGAAAUCAUACCAGUGAUUAUGUAUUAGCACAACACUGACUAUGCUGCAUAAACCUAUAGAUAGAGAUUACAAUAUUAAAAAUAAUUGUAAUGUAGCAGUGUGUGAGGAGGAAGAUAAACUAAAAAAAAAGAACCAAAACAAGUUCAAAGCAGUGAUACUAUAGAACACAUAUGUGAGAACACACAGAAGUAAUGGACUGAGAAUGCCUAUACUCAAGGAGUAUGGAAAGGAAAUACUAGGGAAAACAUCAGGAAGGUUAUAAGAAAACUAGUGGUGAAAUGCAUAAGCAGCAGUGCAAACAAAGAAUCAGCAAAGAAAAGAUGGGAAGAAACAGUGCUAACUAUAGAUUUUGGGAGUACAGAUAGAAAAAAAUAAGAAAAAAAAUUGCCAAAAUUAAGGCCAAAGUGUAUGAAGAAAUGUGUAAUGAAAUAGAAACUAGGAAAGGCCAGAAGAUAUGUAGACUGGCAAAACAUCAAACAUAGUUAAUAAAGAUAUCACACAGGUGAAGCAGAUAAAAGUAAGCAAUGGAGAAAUAUAGUGUAGAUAGGAAGAAUAUUUCUCAGAACUACUUUAUGGACAAGUAAUGAGGUGAAAAUAGAAACAGAAAAAUCAAAUGCAGAAAUCUAUGGUUCCUUUGACUUCCUGGCAGGUAAAUGGAAAAGUAGUUGGACCAUAUGUGAUCCAAUGGAGACAUGGAAAAUCUUGGAAAAGAGGGAAUAGAUAUAUUAUGGAAUUUAAUUUAUAAAGCACAUCAGCAAAAGCAGAUACCAAAUGAAUGGAAAAAAGUAUAAUCAUUUCAGUUUUCAAAAGCUAAGGGAAUGUUCAGGACUGCAGGAACUAUGGAGGCCUAAAGUUCAUACACACUGAAGCUAUGGGAAAGAAUCUAGACAGAAAACAGGGAAGAAGUAGCUAUAAAGGAAGGAUAGUUUUGUUUCAUUCCAAGAAAAUCAAUUACAAGAUUUGAUCUAAGAUAGACGAUAAAAAAGUUCAGAGAAAAAAUGGCAGGAACUAUAUCUGACUUUUGUCAAU